CUCACCGUCGAAGCUCUCUAUCGUCCUCGGCGUUCGUACCAUUUGCAGGUUCGCGCACUCUUUACUAUAAAAAUCUCCGCUCAGAUAAACAAUAAAUGCAUAGAUACAUAAGCUAAACCCUCUCCAUCUCUACUCAGCAUGUUGGAUUUGGAUUUGGAUCGUCAAUUAAUGGAUGAACGCCCUUCUAUGGCUGAAGAUGGGGAAAUGAUAGAGAGUUCAAAUGGGAAAGGUCUGGCCAAUGAAGAGUGUUCAGAUAUGGAACCAUACCAAGGAAUGGAGUUUGAAUCUGAAGAGGCUGCUAAGGUUUUUUAUGAUGCAUAUGCCACACGGUUGGGAUUUAUUAUGCGUGUUGAUGCUUUUAGAAGGUCAAUGCGUGAUGGAAAGGUUGUUUGGCGUCGACUUGUGUGCAACAAAGAGGGUUUCCGUAAGUUGAGACCACGGAGAAGUGAAAAUAGAAAGCCUCGAGCCAUAACGAGAGAAGGGUGUAAGGCAAUGAUCGUGGUGAAGAAAGAUAAAUCUGGAAAGUGGGUAGUCACGAGAUUUGUAAAGGAGCAUAAUCAUCAGUUGGUACCUAUACCAGCCAAUGGUCGUCGGAGUAUUGUCUUAUCUCAAACACCGGAUGAGAAAGAUAUAAAGAUAAGAGAAUUAACAGCAGAAUUGCAACGAGAGCGGAAGCGAUGUGCUGCGUACCAAGAACAGCUUGAUUCGAUAUUGAGAGAUAUGGAGGAGCACUCCGAUCACCUUACAAGGAACAUUGAUGACAUUGUACAAAGCGUGAGAGAAAUAGAGUCAAAGCGGGUAGCAAAUCCACACAGCAAGUAGGGAUUACUUUGCAGUUUCAUAUCUUUUAGUGUAUACAAUCUCUAUCAGCAUAUAUUUUUUGCCAUACGAACUGAAUUCUACUUCUAGUCUUCACCCACUUCUUUUUUUCUUCAAUAGAUUUGUUAAUGAGAUGAGUUGUUGGGAUUGGGGUUA